GCAUUUGUUUAUAUCACAAACCUACAUUGCAUGAGACUACACGGACUUUUUGGACAUAAUGUGGCGUUAAUAUAAAGCGGCUAUUCCCUAACAUCCGAGUGGCCUAUAGCAGAGUGAAAUCGAAACUUUCCCCUGUAUGUACAUGUUCGGAUAUCCACAUGUAAAACUGAUCACGUAGCUCCUCUUGGCAGAAACCAGAGCAGUGAAAUGGAAGGGAAGGUAGUAAAGUCCAGGUUCAAAAGGGUUUGCGUGUUUUGUGGGAGCAGCACAGGAAAGAGAGGCUGCUAUAGAGAUGCAGCCAUUGAUUUAGCUCAGGAGCUGAUUUCAAGAAGGUUGGAGCUUGUUUAUGGAGGUGGGAGUAUUGGGCUAAUGGGUCUGGUUUCACAAGCUGUUCAUUGUGGUGGAGGGAGAGUCAUGGGGAUCAUUCCUAGGACACUAAUGAACAAAGAGAUAACUGGUGAAACAGUAGGAGAGGUAAGACCAGUAGACAACAUGCACCAAAGGAAGGCAGAAAUGGCCCGCCAUUCAGAUUGCUUUAUUGCCCUACCAGGUGGGUAUGGAACUAUGGAAGAACUUUUAGAAGUAAUCACUUGGGCUCAACUAGGCAUCCAUGACAAACCAGUUGGCUUGCUGAAUGUAGACGGCUACUACAACUACCUCCUCACUUUCAUCGACCAAGCAGUGGAAGAUGGAUUCAUAAAACCAUCACAACGCAACAUCAUAGUGUCCGCACACAACGCCAAGGACCUGGUUCAGAAACUAGAGGAGUACGUGCCUGUACACGACGAAGUGAUAGCCAAAUCGAGAUGGGAAAUUGAGCAGCCACCACAACAACAACAGCAUCAGCAGCAAAAACAAGUGGGGUUCGAACCCAAAACUUUCCAUGCUCAAAUCACCCUGUAAAGUGGAAACUUGAAAACAAAAAGGAGAAAAAGAUUCCGUGAAUGAAAUUGAAAGCAGGUGUUUUUUUUGAGGUGAAUUUGGGUCAUCACCGACCGUUCUAUAAUUGGGUGGGACAUUCUCUUUUUGUUUGUAAGCUUAUGAGAAUUAAGGGGAAAAAAUCGAGUACUAGUAGAAAUUCUUGUAUUUGAAGCCUAAAAUUUGGUUAUCCAAAAUUUGUAUUAAUCUUACUCCAUCCCUACUGUUUGGAUUAUAUAUU